AUGUCGUCGUUCAUCAUCAGAAGACAAUUGUCCACCUUGAUUCCACCCAAGAUUGCUUCUGCCAAGAACCUUGGAUCCAACCCUAAUGCCAAGAGAAUGGCCGAGGUUGUCUCUUUCUACAAGAAGUUGCCAACUGGUCCAGCACCAGCUGCAAAGAAGCCAGUCACCCCAUGGGGCAAGUACAAGGCCGCCUACUUUGACGGAGACAAUGCAUCUGGUAAGCCAUUGAUCCACCUUGCCGUUCUCGUCAUCGUUUUGGGUUACACCUGGGAGUACCAGUCUCACUUGAAGCACCACAAGCACUAG